GGGCUGACACACGCGUGAGAUCGCGCGGAGGCUGUAAAUAUUGCGCACACUAAGGUCCAAGCAUGAACAAGUGCAAUAAGCUAGCGACGCUGCGUAGUCGGAGCAUCGACCAUGACCUUGACCACGAGCGGGAGAAGCGGGCACGGGAAGUGCAGCUCUUGAUUCUCGGCGCGGCAGGAUCAGGUAAGAGUACGUUCACCAAACAGCUUAGGAUCCACUAUGGCGACGGAUACCCGACAGACGAGAGGGCCAAGUACACGCCCUACGUGUUUGACAACAUGUGUGAAGCUCUCCUCACCAUCCUCCGCAACAUGAAGACUUGUAACAUCAGCUUCCAGUCGGAUGAGAUGCAGUGCUUCCACCGCUUUAUCGGGCCUCCGCUGAAGAAGCGCAUCGCUUAA